AUAUGUAGGUAUGUAUAUGCAGGUAGAAGCAACUUGGUUGCUAAGCAACAUAGUAACUAAAUUUUGUAAACAAAAAUAAAAUGUUAUCCUAACUGGAGCAAAACAUAAAAUAAAGUUUUAAAAACACAAAAGAACUUGUUUGAAGUUACUCUUCAUAUACUAAGAUUUGCAAAGGCUAAAAAUGCGUGGUGUGCUGAAAUGGGUGCAAAAGAUUGAAUUUCCCAACACAAAAGAUGACCAAGUCAGUGUACAUUCGCUAUGUUAUCACCCGGAAGGCAAGCAACUAGUGGUUGCAGCUGGCGAACGUGUGCUUAUUUAUGAUCCCGAUGGCACCUUAUUGAAUACACUAAAAGCGCACAAAGAUGUGGUCAAUUGUGUUGCUUACGCCCGCGAUGGUAAAAAGUUUGCCAGUGGUGCUGUGGACAAAACUGUAAUUGUGUGGACACCGCAACUGGAGGGCUUAUUAAAAUAUUCGCAUAAUGAUUCAGUACAGUGCAUGGCUUUUAAUCCGGUCUCACAUCAAUUGGCGUCUUGCUCUCACAGUGACUUCGCCUUUUGGUCUGCUGAUCAGAAAGCCGUACAAAAGUAUAAGAUCUCAACGCGUGUCAAUUCGUGCUCGUGGACCAAUGAUGGACAAUAUUUAAUACUUGGUUUAGCUAACGGCAGUGUUUCCAUUCGAAGCAAACUAGGUGAAGAAAAAGGCCGCUUUGAUCGUCCAGGUGGUUCCAGUAGUAAUGUCUUCAGCUUGCAGUGUUGUCCCAUGACCAGUACUGAUGUCAUUGGUGUAGCCGAUUGGGGCCAAACACUUUCGUUUCAUACGCUAAGCGGUCAAAUGAUUGGAAAGGAACGUGCGCUUGGUUUCGAUCCGCUUUGCUUAACCUAUUUCCCCAGUGGAGAAUAUUGCAUAGUGAGUGGCUGUUCGGAUUCGCUGCAUUUAUUUACCAAGGAAGGUGUACGCCUGGGCAUACUCGGCGAAGGAUUUAAGUCGUGGAUAUGGUCUGUUGCUAUACAUCCAAAUGGGCAAUCCUACACGAUCGGAUGUCAAAAUGGCACAGUCGCGUGUUUUAACAUCGUUUCCAGUACUGUACACGCUUUGUAUCGCGAGCGUUAUGCAUUUCGUGAGAAUAUGGGUGAUGUCAUAAUACAGCAUUUAAUAUCAGGACAAAAAGUGCGCAUCAAAUGUCGUGAUUUAGUACACAAGAUAGCCAUCUAUAGGAAUCGCUUGGCCGUGCAAUUGCCAGAGCGGGUGGUCUUGUAUGAAUUGAGCUCCGGUGAGGAACAGCCGAUGCAUUACAAAGUCAAGGAAAAAAUACAGAAGAAAUUCGACUGUAGUCUACUGGUAGUUUGUGCACGUCAUAUAGUGUUGUGUCAAGAAAAGCGUCUACAAUGUCUAGACUUCAAUGGUAUAUUGCAACGGGAUUGGAUAAUGGAUUCUUUCAUUCGCUAUAUAAAGGUGUCUGGCGGGCCAGCAGGACGAGAAGGACUACUGGUUGGUCUGAAGAGUGGACAGGUAUUUCGUAUAUUCUUGGACAACUCGUUGCCGCUCAUGAUUACCAGCGUUGUGUCAGCCGUGCGUUGUUUAGAUAUAAAUGCGAAUCGCACAAAAAUUGCUGUAGUGGAUGACACCGGACGUCUAGUCGUUCGGGAUAUUGUGACUGAUACUCUGCUUUAUCAGGACACUGGUGUAAACUCAGUCACUUGGAAUACACACCUAGACUCAAUGCUUUGCUACACGCAUACUAUCGGUGGCCUAAGCAUACGCGUUGGCAGUCUGCCGCCACGAGGACCACAGAAUAUGUUAGGUGUAGUUGUGGGUCUUUGUGGGGCCACAGCUUUCUGUUUGCGGGGCAACGUUAUGCACAACAUACCGCUAGCAUUGGGUGCAACAAUGUGGCAAUUCGUUGAAGCGGGUCUUUUUGAUGAGGCCUAUCAAGUUGCCUGCCUAGGAGUGACCACAGCCGAUUGGGAAGGUCUGGCGCAGUCGGCAUUAGAAGCAUUGCAUCUAAAUAUCGCGCGUGACGCAUAUGUGAAAGUGCGUAAUCUGCCUUGGUUACAAUUCAUUGAUGAGUUAUGCGAAAAGCAGAAGCGCGGCGAAGUACCAAAAGAGGUGCUGCAGGGUGAAAGCUGUGCAUAUGCAGGGAAAUACAAGGAAGCUUCACGUCUUUUUCAAAAAUGCAAUCAGCCUAUGCGUGCCUUGGAAAUGUACACAGAUUUACGUAUGUUCGAUCUGGCACAAGAAUUCAUCAAGGACGGCUCGGAUGAAGCCAAACGUGAGUUGGUGAAGAAACGUGCCGAGUGGGCGUACUCUGUGAAGGAGCCACGCGCUGCCGCCGAACUGCUGUUAUCAGCUGGGGAACAUCAAAGAGCGAUCGAUAUUGUGGCAGAGCAGGGUUGGGCAGAUAUUUUAUAUGAUAUCGGCCGCCGUCUAAGUUUGAGCGAGAGAACUCCUUUGGAGUCGGUUGCAUUCAAUUUGAAACGCUUAAAAGCAUUGCCGUUGGCAGCGGAAAUUUUUAAGAAGCUCGGCGAUGAGGCACAAGUAAUCCAAUUGCAUGUUGAAGCACGUGAUUGGGCUGAAGCUUUCAGACUCGCUGAGAAUAUACCCGAAAUGUUGCCUACAGUGAAUUAUCAACACGCACAAUGGCUUGCCGAGUCAGAUAAAUUUAUUGAGGCACAUGAAGCCUACUUGAAGGCGGGUCGCCUAAAGGAUGCUAAUCGUUUGCUAAAGCAGCUAAGCACCUCGGCUAUUGAGGAGGAACGCUUCUUAGAUGCCAGCUACUUCUAUUGGCUGCUUUCCAAGCAAUAUCUAGACAUCUAUUAUAAGAAGGACGAACAAACGCCUACAGAUCACCAUUUCAAGGAGUACCAAAGUCAUUUGCGCAUCGCUAAAGUUUACUAUGCUUACAGCAUAAUAUUUAAUUAUAUGAAGGAACCGUUUACAACAUAUUCACCGGUUAGUUUAUUCAAUGUUAGUCGUUUUAUAUUGAACGAGGUGGAGUACAAAGGCACACCGAAGGGAGUUAGCUUAUUCGCUGUUCUAUUUACGUUGGCAAAACAGGCCAAAUUAUUGCAGGCCAAUAAAUUAUGCUUGGUUGUAAAUAAGCGUUUGCAAUCGCUUAAACCGCCGGCGGGCGUACAGGAGCAAAUUGACAUCAACUAUCUGAAUAGUAAGGCAUGCAAGAGCGGCUUUAAUGAUCCGGAGGAACUGUUGCCGCUCUGUUAUAAAUGCUCAAAUUACAGUCAACAUUUGAAUGGGAAUAACUGUCCGACCUGCAAACAGGAUUAUAUUUUUUCAUUUAUUUCAUUUGAAAUAUUACCAUUGGUGCAAUUCCAUCCAGAGGUCGAUAUAAAUGACGCGGAGGCAGAACGUCUGCUACUUGCGCCACCAAAACCAGCGGAGGAAGGUGACCCUUUUAGCGAAGAUGUUGCCAGCGCUUUGCCGCUAAGUCUGGAUCGCAAUGCAUUGCGUGCGAUCGAUCCAAGCCACAUUUUGAUAGUUAAACGUCGUGAAAAUAAUCUGAAAAAUGUAUACUACCGCAAUAUAUUACCGGAUCUACAAGUGACAUUUUGUCCGGAAUGUUUACUGGUAUUUUAUUCCGAGGACUUUGAGCUGCAGGUGUUACAGAAAGGUUAUUGUCCUUUCUGCCGCACAACAUCGGAAAAAUUAUUUGAUGAAUAUUUGUAAUGUGCCUUGAGUAUCGAGUUUUUAAUUGAAUAUAAAAUAUUGCUAGAGAGAGCUACUGUUGACUGUGCCUUUUAAGAAUUGAUCACUACUGUAUUAGCCUAUAAACGCAUGCUCAAUAUUUACAAUUAUACAAAUGUUUCAAAAUGUAUACACUUUGUUUAUUUGGUAAAUUAGUUUACAUAAAGUAAAAUUGUACUAACC